ACCAAUCAGUUAUCGAGAGGUGGAGGUACCAUCCCACUUACAGUUUCAUGCUUGGUUGAGGUGCAAGGCUCUUUCCGGCGCCUUUUCCUCGCGAUUUUGGUUCGUUCUUCAGUAGCACCGACCUGAGAUUGUGAGCUCAGAAUCAUGCAAGACCACAUCCAGAAAUCGGGCGGCAGGAACCGCAGCGACAACAACAGCCCACGCAAGAGGGACUACCGCCAGGAUCCAGUCUCCGGGCCCGGCGGUGCUGCCGCCAACAACCACCAUCACCAGCAGCAGGCGGCCUCCCGACAUGGCGGCGACCGAGUCGAUACCGGCAUCACCGUCGACAUGACCAAUUUCCGCAAACCUGGCGAGAAAACCUACACGCAGCGCUGCCGCCUGUUCGUCGGCAACCUGCCCAACGACGUGACCGACGAGGAAUUCAAGAAGAUGUUCGACAAGUACGGAGAGCCGUCCGAGAUCUUCAUCAACAAGGAUAAAGGGUUCGGCUUCAUCAGGCUGGAAACUAGAACCUUGGCUGAGAUUGCAAAGGCAGAACUUGAUGAUACUACCCUAAGAGGAAGACAGAUAAGAAUUCGAUUUGCAACACAUGGUGCUGCUCUGACAGUCAAGAAUCUUCCUCAGUUUGUAUCAAAUGAGCUGUUGGAUGAAGCAUUCUCUAUCUUUGGUCCUGUGGAGAGAGCAGUGGUGAUUGUUGAUGACCGUGGAAAACCAACUGGAAAAGGCAUUGUAGAGUUUGCAGCAAAACCUGCAGCUCGCAAAGCUCUGGACAGAUGCACAGAUGGUGCAUUCUUAUUGACAGCCUUUCCAAGACCUGUGACUGUUGAACCGUUCGAUCAGUAUGAUGAUGAAGAUGGACUUCAGGAAAAACUGGUCCAGAAAAAUCAGCAUUAUCAUAAGGAACGGGAGCAGCCGCCCAGAUUUGCACAGCAUGGGUCAUUUGAAUAUGAAUAUGCCAUGAGGUGGAAGGCUCUGCUUGAGAUGGAGAAGCAGCAGCAGGAGCAAGUUGAUAGAAAUGUGAAGGAAGCACGAGAGAAACUGGAAGUAGAACUGGAAGCUGCGCGUCAUGAGCACCAAGUCAUGCUAAUGAGACAAGAUUUAAUGAGGCGUCAAGAGGAAUUGAGGCGCAUGGAAGAAUUGCACAAUCAAGAACUGCAAAAGCGUAAACAAAUAGAACUGAGGCAAGAAGAGGAGCGUAGAAGACGCGAGGAGGAAAUGCUUUUGCGUCAGCGUGAAAAAGAAGAAAUGAUGAGAAGACAACAAGAGGGAUUCCGAGGGAACUUCACUGAAAAUAGAGAAAAUAUGAGGAUGGAAGAAAUUGCCCAAAGGAGUGGGAUGGCCAUGCCAGUGGGUCUAACUGCAGCUGAUUUUACCAAUCUUAAAGCAGCCUCUGCAAACCAAGUACCUCAGCCACUUAUGGGAAUGAACAGGCCAACCGUGAAUACCAGUGCACCACCUCCACAAGGGCCACCUGGGAACCUGGGCAGCCAAAUGCCAGAAAACAAUAUGGGAAUGAUCAGGAUCAAUUAUGACAAGUUCCCUACUGGACCAACUUCUGCGUAACUGGUUAACACAGGAGGUUCAGUAAAAGAAUGAACUUGGUUUGCAGACAGUGGUCAAAAUGAGAUGCAGGAAUGGAUAGCAAGUGCAAGAAAACCUAAGGGGAAGGUAUGAAUACAGACUUCUGGAAAAUGCUGAGGAAGAAACUUAAGAGUUUAAAUGAGUGAAAGUCAACAACUCAAAACAAACUGCUGGGGGAUUAUUCAUAAAUUGAGUUUUGUACUCCAUUUAUUUGGUUUUGUGUAGACUUGUCUGUUUUAAGUCUCCACAGUUAUAUUGAGAGCAAGUUUAUUCUUCUGUAAUCUUUGAUACAGUGUGUUUCAGUUGUUGUACAUACUGUUGCUUGAAGUCUGUAAUUGUGACUUACUCAAUAUAUCUUAAUACAGAAAAAAUAUUGUGUGUAAUUUCUAUCGACUCUUUCCAUUAUCCUUGUAUCCAGAUUUGUCAUGCUAAUUUUUAAAAAACUCAUCAGGUUGGAAUUACGUGCUGUCUACCAGUGAAGGUGUUAGAGCUCCACCACUGGAAAGAAGUUGUAAUUGCAUUGUGCUAAGUUUAUUGUAGGCAUUUCCUGUUUUCAUAUUCGUGGUGGAAUUUAUAAUGAGAGCAAAUCAGUAUAUCAAAUGGAACUUGAAAUACAUCUGUGCUCCCGUGUCCAAAUAUCCCUCUUCACUAGAAUACAUUUGAUCCUAACUUGAUAUCCAGUGCUCCAGGACCUGAUUUAGCAUAGCAAUUACAUAAUUGGCAAGCAGGUUCUCAUUUGAUUUCCGACAUUCCAAAAGCAGUGUCACCUGUGUUCGUAAACAAAGAAUAUGCCAAACUAUUUGCUCAUGUAUAUAGUGAAUAAAGGCCAAGAUUCUGUACUGGAAUGAAGGAUACAGUUGGAACAUGGAUAUCUGUGUCACUUUUAAUGGUGCUAUUGUAAUAGUGUUUGUGCCAGUGCACCACUGUGUUAACGUGAAAAUAAAAUGUAUUUUAGAAGCUUGCAAA